AUGUUCCAAAUCUUUCUUUCCUUCUCUCUCCACAAGACCAUGUCCGUUCGUCUAGCCUAUGCGGCAAAGAGCCAGGACAGCGGUGCUUGGUUCAACUUUGCCACAACCUUUGAAAACUUCCGCAUCAUCACGGACACCGAGUGGCGCAAUGUUCCCGAUAAGAUGCUCGAUUACAUCCUGCCGGAGUGGUCCAAGAUGCUCCCCGGCUUCAUCCGCAAGUUGCAGCGAGAGCUCUCCAUGGCGCCUGGCUCAUUAGCAGAUGAAAUAUGGCAAGAGGCGCACGACCCAGAUAUCAACCCUGAGAUUCGCCACUCGGCCCAAGUCCGGGUUUCCCAGGAGCUAUGUGAUGAUGAGAUGCAGUACCUGGCGCGGAGGAAGAAGAUGACCGCAGUCGCACUGGCCAAAUAUCUCGGAUUAGAGGAGGACGAUGUUCAUGAGGAUGAUGUACCCACUGUGGCAAUGUGCGGCUCAGGCGGCGGGCUGCGGGCCCUUGUCGCAGGGGCGGGCUCCAUGCUCGCCACGGAGGAGGAUGGCCUCUUUGACUGCGUCACAUAUACCUCUGGAGUGAGCGGCUCAUGCUGGCUUCAAGCGCUAUACCACUCUUCCUUCGCAGCAGGCAGCCUGGACCGUGUUCUCGACCAUCUCAAGUCAAGGAUCGGUGUACACAUUGCGUACCCGCCCGUGGCCUUCUCGUCUCUUUCCUCCGCCCCCACGAGCAAGUAUCUGCUGAGCGGCCUGGUCGAAAAGCUCAAGGGCGAUCCGAAUUCCUACAUUGGCCUCGUCGACGUGUAUGGCCUGCUCCUUUCCGCGCGACUCCUCGUGCCCAAAGGCGAGCUUGGUGUGGACGGUCGGGACUUCAAGCUCUCAAACCAGCGACAGUACAUCAGAUACGGGCAACACCCAUUGCCCAUCUAUACCGCGGUCCGCCAUGAGAUUCCAAACGUCGAGGCUGUGACGGGCAGCUCGACCGGCAAUGCAUCAGAGGCGGCCAAGGAAGAAGCUGUGAGGGAAGCCUGGUUUCAGUGGUUCGAGCUCACCCCUUACGAGGUCUUCUGUGAGGAGUUCGCUGCUGGUAUCCCGACCUGGGCUCUGGGUCGUAGAUUCAAAGAUGGUCGUGAUAUCCCUCCCGAAGACGGCUUCCAUCUACCAGAGGUCCGCAUGCCGUUGCUCAUGGGUAUUUUUGGCAGCGCGUUCUGCGCUACUCUGUCUCACUACUACCGCGAAGUGCGACCGCUCAUGCAGAGCUUGACGGGAUUUGCGACCAUCGAUGAGAUGAUUUCGGGCCACAACGAGGACUUGAGUAAAGUACACCCGAUCGAUCCUGCGACGAUCCCGAAUUUUACCUAUGGCAUGGAGGGGAAACUCCGACAGACCACACCCACGAGUAUCUACAAUCACGAGUACCUGCAGCUCAUGGACGCGGGUAUGUCGAACAACCUGCCCAUCUACCCGCUCCUGCGCCCAGGCCGCAACAUCGAAGUCAUUAUCGCCUUCGAUGCCUCUGCCGACGUGAGGACAGAUAACUGGCUGUCUGUGGCGGACGGAUACGCCCGACAAAGAGGUAUCAAGGGCUGGCCCUUGGGCGUGGGUUGGCCCAGGCCGGGCGAGAGCGACACCCAGGUCGCCAAGGAGCUCGACCAGUCCGAGUCCGUCUCGGCAACCGAGGCAGAGCGGAAGCUCACCGAGGCCAAGAUAGACCAGGCAGCCCGGCGGCUCGAGGCUGGUGUCCAGGAGAGUGACGUUGAGGGCACGCACAAGUUCGAAAAGGGCGAAGAGACCUCAGGCGAGCUGGGGUACUGCACAGUGUGGGUUGGUACCACGCAGGAGCGCAGCAGCGAGCCGCCGCCGCCCUCCAAGGCGCUGGAGGACGCCGACGCGUGGCAGCUGAUGGAGCCCGACGCCGGCAUCACGGUCGUGUACAUGCCCUUCCUCAAGAAUGACAAGGUCGAGAGCGUGGACCCCGGGCAGAGCGAAUAUAUGAGCACGUGGAACUUUGUGUAUACUCCGGAAGAGGUAGAGAAGGUGGUCGCGCUGGCGAGGGCAAACUAUGAUGAGGGGCGGGAGAAGAUACGCAAGACGAUCAGGGCAGUGUAUGAGAGGAAGAAGAGGAGGAGAUUGGAAAGGGAAAAGGCAUUGAAGGCGGAGAGGAGGAGAAGGGAGGUUAGCCUCGGGGUUAGCGGGAAGCUGGGCGAGGGGGAUCAUUUCAGUUGAGAUUACCAUGGCCAAAAGGCGUUGGGUGUAAGCAGCGAUGGAAUUACUGCUCGAGGGGGUUGGAUGGGAGAAGGUUACUAGGUAGAUACCCCAAAUAGAGACGAUCACACACU